AUGUUUCAGGUUGAAAAACAAAGAACAAAAGUAGCAGAUACAAAACCGUUAGACUAUAUCUUUACAAAUGCCGGUAGAAAUAUUUCAGAUGAAGAAAUUUCAUCCCGUACUUACAGGUUUGACUAUCCAAUUCGUUGGCUUCAAAGUCCUUCAGAUGCAAAGGCAAUAGGAUUUAGAAGAGUUUUGUUUUCAAAAAGAACGAACGCUUUUAUGUUCGCAGUAUAUUUUCAUGGGCAGUAUAGAGGUUCUGAUGGUCUAAUAGACAAAUUUGAUGAAAUGAGAAUCUUUACAAUUCGUUCAGACGAAAACCUUGAGAAGACUCUAAAUGACUUUCAAACUCAAAUGAACAAAUACUAUUGGGAAUUUCAAGAAAAAUACGACUCUUUACUAAAUGGAACAUACUAUCUGAAACUAGAAUACAACAAGAUGAAUUCCACCGUUUCAUUUCAAAAGAUUGAAAUUAACCCUCCAAG